AUGGUCGGAUUGGACGGUGCUGGAAAGACGACGGUUCUGUACAAGUUGAAGCUGGGUGAAGUCGUCACCACCAUUCCUACAGUUGGAUUCAACGUCGAGACUGUCGUAUACAAGAGCUUGAGUCUUACUGUUUGGGAUGUAGGAGGCCAAGAACGAAUACGUCCAUUAUGGGCACACUAUUUCCAGAACUCUGAAGCUUUGAUCUUCUUGGUAGACUCUAACGACCGAGACCCUCACCGCAUCUCGGAAGCCCGUGACGAGCUACAACGUCUCCUGAGUGAUGAAGUGCUGGGUGACAUUCCCGUGUUGCUGUAUGUAAACAAGCAGGAUUUACCGUUUGCUGCUCCUGCAUUGAAGGUUGCAGAUGAGUUGGGUCUUAACAGGGAAACAUUCAUCGACUGA